CUCGUCAAGUCAACCUGUCGACGCUGUAUUUUCAGUUAGGAUGACACUUUUGUCUUGUUUUCACUCAGGUUGUCUGACUCCAUUUGAUCUUGUACUCAGUGCCUGAAGAUUGCAAAGGGAAAUCAAGAAUGGGUUAAUUCAAGAGAGAGUGAAAUUGACGUCUAAUCCUGUCUAAUCUCAAUCUGCUGACCCUCAGAACAAGAUGAGAUUUGGGUUUUGGAUGUUAAUGCCAUAGACUGCAGUCACUCAUCAAUAAACAGUGAUCUGAUGACAAUUUAAGUUUUAUAAAAUCCACACAAUAGUUGAUAUCAUACAUUCCUCUUAUUACAAUCAGAAAUGGGCGAUAUGGAUGAAGUGGACAAUGUCAAACAAGGCAGAGGUGAAAGCAAGGAGGUCGUUGCACCAGAUAGUUCUAAACAAGAAGAGGAAAGUAUCACAGUCGAUCAAUCCAGUGUUGCUCAAACAGAAGGUAGAAGGUCCCCAUUAGGUGGUAAUGAAGUUAAAGAGAACUCAAGUGAUGCAACAGCGCUGAAUCUAGUCAACGGUGAAACUGAUACAGACUUACGGAGGGGUAGCACCCACAGUCAUAGAUCCCGACAUGGUAGUGGUAGUAGCUCAAGCUCGAGGAAAAGCCGAAGUCGGCAUAAAUCUAAACACCAGGAUAAGGAUGCUUCCAAAGAGAGAUCAAACUCAUGGACUUGGUCAGGCAGUGCUGGGAAACAUCGGAAAAAACACAGCAAUCUUGCAAAGAAGAACUCUGUAGAUACUGCCAUGACUGCUGAUCCUGAAAACCAAAGUGAGGAUGAUGCAGAAAUCUCUGUGGUUCAUGUGGACAGCUUCACGGUAUCAUCAGAUAAAGACAGACUGCACAAGGAGGAAAAGAAGAUCAAGAAGAAAUUGCUGAAUGAGAAAGAAAAGUAUGCUGCUGAGAAACAACAACUGAGAGCCAAGAUGGAGAAAGCCAGGAGAAACGUUAAGGAGGAGAUUGCUCAGUAUGAGACUGAACUGAAUGACAAACGUCAGGACUAUCUGAGCAAGAUGACAAACCUACAGCUAGAUGAGCAACAUGAAGCACUGAGUCAACGUAUGGAAGAAUUAACGGACAUCAGACAGGAGCUGGAUUCUAGAUUCCAGCAGUGUAUGGAAUAUGAGGCAGAGAUUGAAGAAAUAGAACGAUACCUUGACAGAAGACAACAGCUUUGUAAUAGCAAGGAGGAGGACCUUAGACGCCUUGAUGAUCAAUUGGACACACUACAACAAGAACUUGAAUUGGACAAGGAACGUCUAGAGAGGGCAGGCUUUGAUGUGAAAAGCGUUGGAUCAAGGAAACGAGCAUCAAGCUUCAAGUCAUCUACAGAGAAUGAGAAUGAUGAUUAUAUCCUGAAGACCAAUCUCCGUAAAUGUCAGGUUGACCUGAAGAAGGCAGAACAGAUGCUGUUUGAGAAGGACAUGGAUGCAACUGAUGCCAAAGAAGAGAUAUCAUCGUUAGAAGCCCAAAAGAAAAAACACAAGGAAAAGAUCAAGCAGCUUGAAACCCAACUGUCUGUUGCCUUAAGCCAACUGAAGAAUCAAACAAACUCUGCGCACUCUCCAAAUGCAACGCUUAACAGGCAGGCUUCCAUGCGCUCCCAUGUGAGCCUUGAUCGUUUCAAAUCACCCGGAGACCUAAGCAUCAACCAGCAAGCUCAGUUGAAUCGUUCCUUGUCAGGAAAAGAUAAGGGUCGCACAUCACCAGCAGCAAAGAAAUAUCUCAGCUUCAGUUCUUCCACAGUAAACUCUUCCCCUAAGAGUGAGAGUGACCAUAGUAGGGGUUCAUCGGAGGGUGCCCAACUGAACACAAACACCCACGGCAAUGAUGCUAGUUGGCAGGACUCUGCUGCACAAACAAGAACUGUCAGUUCUACAUGCUCAGUGAUGUAGUUUGAAUAUUUAUACCAGAACUGUUGCCCCUGUGCAGUGACAUGAACACCAAUGCUAAGGGAGGUUUGUGGUAACACCAUGUGAAUAUCUCUUCUGAGUA